GCUGAGGGCUGAGGGGAGGGGGAGGCCAUGAGGGGAGGGAGAGGGGCACGGAGGGAGGAGGAAGAGGAAGAGGAAAAAGAAGAAGAAGAAGAAGAAGAGGAUGAUGAUGAGGAGGAGGAGGAGGAGGAGGAGGAGGCGGCAGAGGGCUCGGUGUCGAAAGAUCCAUGUUUUAUGUCUUUUGAGGAACGACUGCAGCUGCAGAGCGGCACGAGAACAAGAGUGAGCAAGCAGGUGACCGGUGGGAAGAAAACUGCCAAACCUGCAGUGAAGCAGCAACGAAACAAAAAGGGGCCAGUGGAGAUGUCUGCCAAGAAACCCGUGCCUUUCCUGCGCCAAGUUGUCCCUGUCACAAAGAAGAUCCACAGGGACCCUCGAUUUGAUGACCUGUCUGGAGAGUAUAAACCUGAAGUAUUUAUGAAGACGUACAGCUUCCUGGACGCCAUCAAGAAGCAGGAGAAGGAGAUGAUUCAGAAGCAGCUGAAGAAAUGCCGGGACGCGGAGCAGAAGGAGAAGCUGCAGCAGCUCCUGAACCGCAUGACGCAGCAAGAACAGGCACAGAAAAAACAGCAAAAACAGAGGGAGAGGGAGCUGUCUUUUAAGAGACGUCAACGGGAAUUGGCCAAGCAGGGGAAGAAACCCUUCUUCCUGAAGAAAUCUGAGAAGAGGAAAUUGGAGCUGGCAGAGAAGUACGCGGAGCUGAAGAGGAGCGGAAAGCUGGAGAGCUUCCUGAGCAAGAAAAGGAAGAGGAACGCCAUCAAAGACAAGCGCCGUCUGCCCUCGCAGAAGAACUCGUGACGGCCGGACAGGCGUGCUGCUGCCUGGAGAGGUGGGGCUGCUGCUGCCAUUCCCUCUGCCUGGCCAGGCCUGGCAGGUGGCCCCCAGCUUCCUGCUGUCUGCCGUCACCGUACGGUGACGCUGUGAGGCUCCAGGCCUCGU